AUUCACCAGCAUGAUAUUGUGCACAGGGACUUGAAGCCUGAGAAUUUACUACUAGCGAGUAAAUGUAAGGGUGCUGCUGUGAAACUGGCUGACUUCGGAUUGGCUAUAGAAGUCCAGGGAGAGCAGCAGGCCUGGUUUGGGUUUGCUGGUACUCCAGGCUACCUCUCCCCUGAAGUCUUAAGAAAAGAUCCUUAUGGAAAACCAGUGGAUAUAUGGGCAUGUGGAGUGAUUCUGUACAUAUUACUAGUGGGGUACCCUCCCUUUUGGGAUGAAGAUCAGCACAAACUCUAUCAGCAGAUCAAAGCCGGAGCCUAUGACUUCCCAUCACCUGAGUGGGACACUGUGACUCCUGAAGCCAAGAAUUUGAUCAACCAGAUGCUGACGAUAAACCCAGCAAAGCGCAUCACAGCUGACCAGGCUCUCAAGCACCCAUGGGUUUGUCAACGAUCCACUGUCGCAUCAAUGAUGCACAGGCAGGAGACUGUGGAAUGCUUGAGAAAGUUCAAUGCCAGAAGGAAGCUAAAGGGUGCAAUCCUCACAACGAUGCUUGUGUCUCGAAAUUUUUCAGCUGCCAAAAGCCUGCUGAACAAGAAGUCAGAUGGAGUGAAGAAAAGGAAGUCGAGCUCCAGUGUGCAUUUGAUGGAGCCUCAAACAACUGUUGUCCAUAAUGCUACAGAUGGCAUAAAGGGUUCCACAGAGAGCUGUAACACCACAACUGAAGAUGAGGAUCUGAAAGCUCCCCCUCUCUCCACCGGGGACGGCAGCUCAGUGCUUGAAGGACGGAGGCACAGUGAGAGCAAAACACAGACUGAGUCCAUGCAGUCCCAGCUUUCUCUCUGUUUCUCAGCCACUACACAGUCUUGUGAAGAGAAGCUCCAUGCCUGGGACAGCCCAGGGCAGACAUUGGAGUUAGAGCGUGCUCGGUCGGAGCCGUUGCUAACUCCGGUAGUUCCCUUUGUACUUAACCGAGCACCGUUGCGUAAGCAAGAGAUCAUUAAGAUAACAGAGCAGCUGAUAGAAGCCAUCAACAAUGGAGAUUUUGAGGCAUAUACAAAAAUCUGUGAUCCUGGCUUGACCUCAUUUGAACCUGAAGCACUGGGGAAUCUGGUUGAAGGAAUGGAUUUCCAUAAGUUUUAUUUCGAAAACUUACUGUCGAAGAACAGCAAGCCAAUCCACACGACCAUCCUGAACCCCCACGUCCACGUCAUCGGGGAGGACGCCGCGUGCAUCGCGUACAUCCGCCUGACGCAGUACAUCGACGGCCAGGGCCGGCCCCGCACCACGCAGUCGGAGGAGACCCGUGUCUGGCACCGCCGAGAUGGCAAGUGGCUCAAUGUCCACUACCACUGCUCUGGAGCUCCUGCAGCACCUCUCCAGUGAGGAUCACAUACGGCAACUUGUGGAGAUACUCAGCUGGAGGGCAAUAUCUUCUUAGCAAGCAGCUCUGGAGUGCCUGAGUGACAGCAACGGUCAUGUCUGUUUUGACGUUAAAAAAAUAAAUACAAAUUACAAACAGGCAGCAGCCAAAUGCACGAAACCCUGCAUGCAUCUGAUGCUCCGGGCACUGCCUUUCUGUUGUUUUCCAUGGAUCCAUCGUGUCUGUUUCUGCUGUACGAAGGUGUUUUUAAAUCUAAAAAAAAAAGACAUGUUGUUUGUAUAAAAUAAAGAAAAACAGGAAUAAUGCUAAAUAAAUGACAGAUUAUCCAACAUGCCCCCUCCCCCAGGGCUAAGAAAGUGGCAGCAGCUGGAACAUCUUUCAGAAAUGAAGUAAGGGGGAAAGCAAAAGUGAAGGAGAGAGAGAGAGCAAGAAAGGAGGCGGCUUGAACAGCGGAUGGCUGAACUGUGCUCCGCAAAGCGAUGGUGGAAGUUAAUACCACAUUCGGGCUGUGCUGCAGCUGCAGUCGGUAAGAGGUGGCAAGGAGACCCCAGAGGAGCCAGUGUGAAGACUGGGGUUGGAGAGAGGAGGUGCUUCUCUUCCUGUUGCCCAGCAGUCUGACUUCAGCCUGUUUCUUCUUCGAUUUCUGCACAGCAAGAAUGCUAUGGAAGCCUGGUUGCUCGGCUGCUGGAUCCCAAAACAGACUUUAUUUUUUUUCUUUGUUUUUUCUUUUUUUUUUAAGAACUAAAGCAAAAUGGAAUGUUGAUUUAAAACUAAAGAUGGAAGUAGGGAUUUAAAAAUGGGUUUAAGUGAAUAUAACUUGAAUAGAAGCUCACUCUUUAGUUUUAGAAACAGCCACUACCUGGACGAACAUGGAGUUUUGAAGCCAGUGUAUUUAAUUUAAUAAAACAAAAAAGCAUUUCAUUAAGAGCAGAGAUUUUAGAGGAAGAGGGUAUGGGAUCGUUUGUAUGGGAUUUUCUAUUUUUUUUUUCCUUUUUAGUAGCUUAGUUUGGGAUCCACAGUGCUGCAGAAUACGUGUUCCUUAGGAAGCAGACAAAAAACUUAGUGUUAUGUUCUUCAUGAAAACUUGCACAUACACUCCUAUAUGAGGCAUAAAUAGUGUGUGUUUUUUAUACUGAAAUAUAUGCACCCGUAGAAUUAAAGGGGUUACCUGGCCUCCUGUUUGAUUUGUUGGUCUCCAGUAAAAUAGCAGUGGGAGCCAGCAGCCCCAGCCAGGUGCUUCUCCCCAUCACUAACCCAUCUGAUGUUUGUAAGUGUCAUGUUUCCUAGUGUUUAUUUGGGUAAUUUUUCUAUUUUUUACAGUGAUGUUGUAACACAGAAAACUAUCAGAUCAGAACCUCAAAAGCUGUAGCUGAAGGAAUCCAGGCCACCCCCACCCCGUGUUGCCUCUGGGUGUUACAGGAUACCUCAUGAAGCAGAGGGGAAAGGGAAUGAGCACAUGAUCUGAUAUUCAUCCUUUGGGCCAAUUCAUCUUCCUUUCUUUUCUUUGCUGCAAAAGGAGUUCAGUUCCUUUAUUCAUUGGGUGGGGCAUGUGGAAGUGUUUUGUUGACCUUACCGAGGAGGGAGCCUAGCCCCAAGAAGAAAAUGGCCUUUCGGGCAGAUCUGAUGGGAUUUGUCUUGACCAAGGGAAGGCAUCACUUGCAGAAGUUGGAGUGGGCUUUAACCUAAAUAUAUCUACCCCUAACCAUUUUUUGGAUCUCUAGAGGGAGUUAAAAGGAUUGCCUUGACAGCAUACUAAGUGUGUGGCAAUCUUUUAGCAGACUGUAGAAGACAAGAAAGACCAUUUGGAAUUUUAAUCCUUAUUCAAUAAAAUGCAGAAAAUAAAAGCGUUUGCACAAAGUGGAGCUGUCACUUUGCAGCAGAUAGCGCUCUGCUCCCUUUGUUGGAGAGGUGCUAUCCCACACCAGGAUUAGAUCAGCUAACCACUGAUGAGGGAAAAGACCAUCCACACUUCCCAGGUUUGUUUGAGCAAACACCUUUUUCUUCCUCCCUCUGCUAUCCCAGGGGAGGAGUGAGGAGGGGAUUGAACCCAUGGUGGGGGGGGGGCAAACACUAGAUUUUAUUAUUUCAAAACAUUUUUAAGACAGCACUAAGCCAGUGAGUGAAGUGGAAAAGCAAAAGCCUUGAUAUUUCAUUCAGAAAUUUUUUAAGCCACAAAGAGAGCAAACAGAUUACUAUUAUGCCAUUUAAAAAAGAUUAAUACAAAACAUUAUGCAUGCCUUCUUUCGGUCUGAUCUUCCUUGUCUCUUUACCUGAUGAUUAUUAAUAGUUAAAAAAGAGAACCCUCUGUAUUAAGUAUAUGCAUCUUUCAGAGAAAAUUUUAAAAGAACAGAACUGUUGGGUUUUUUGUUUUUGCACAGUCUUGGAGACAAACUCCUUUGGAUUUUUUUGUUUGUUUUGUUUCCUUUUAAGUUAAUGAGAACCUUAGCUUGGUAUGGCCAUUAUCAAACACAGCUGUACACCUUUAGCAUUCUUAAUGUUCUCUUAUGGGGCUAAUGUAAGCAUCUAUAUAAUAUAUAUUAUAAAUAUCACAUUUUAAACAGGAAAUGGAAGGCAUUUGAUGCAGAAUUUUUGCAUGAUAUAGAAAUAAUUAAAGUUAGCUAGUGUUUGUUUGUUUGGUCUGAAUGUUGGUAGAACCUUCAUAGCUUUGUUACAAUGAAACCUUGAACUGAAGAUAUUUAAUAAAAUAACAUUUAAACAGUGUAAA